AUGGCUGCGCCCAUGACAAAAGUGGAUUGCAUAGUAUUUGGGAAUCAAAAUGGGGGAUUGGACAGAUAAGAACAAUAGAAUUGAUAUAUUGUAUAAUGGGUCUCGUAGAUUUCUUUGUGUCGAACAUCCAGCUUUAAUACAGAACCAUGACAAAGCGUUACAAACACUUGGUGGCAUUGAAACUCUACAGCAGAUUUUCAGUGAUUCCCAAAAGAGACUUCCUCUUCUCUGGCGGCCAGAUAACAUCUACUGCAAACCAGCCUAUGGGGACAGGUUCAGUGUGUCCAAUUUGCUGAUGAAGGUUACAAAGCGAAGGAGAAAGUCAGAUGGCCGGGAGGAUUACAAAGUGGAGUUUUGUGGUCACAUUGAUACAAGCUACAGGUUCCAAGCUAUGGCUGAUUUCCAGUACCUUCCGAUGCAGUUGAAGCCGGAUGGUCAGUAUGAGAACAUCUACAACAAGGUGGUCAUUGACCAUUUGGUACCCCGCAGCAAAUACUUCGACUCUGAUGUACCCCUCUACAUACCGCCCCUCACAUUCUCAAGGGUAGACAAGACAAUAGAUUUCAACUUCAAGCUGCCAAUCAAGCAUGGACCGUCGUACAAGAACCCCGAUGAUGAUCGCCCUGCACACUACAUCGGCACUGUUCGUCAGAGGCGUACAAUCUACACUGUGUUUGUGAACUAUGGGGAGACUCUUCCAACCAAACCACAACCAGAAGCUGUGGAAAGGAUGAACUCAAAUUUUGUGAACAAAGAAUGCAAGGAAAAACUGGAAAAGUUAUUUGAGAUGAAGCCAGUUUACCUGAAGGUCGAGUUGGAACACAAGACUGGCACGUCUAUAAUGAAACUGAAGUCAUACCUACCAGCCAUGGCGUUCUACUGGUUGGAUGGGCCGUGGCGGGCCCAGUGGAACAAGUUUGGCUUUGACCCGACCAAGAAUCCCAGUGCCAAGAUAUAUCAGACCAUUGACUUCAGGAUCAGGCAAUUGCGCCCAGGUCAAUGGUGGAUCAAGGCAAAGCGUGGGGCGGGGAGACUCGUGCAGUACAACCAGACGGCACACAACCAGAAACACAAUGUGAAGAUCAGUCUUCAGUCUCUCGGUGAUCAAAAACAAGACAGUGAGGAAGGACAGGAGGAUAAAUUACAGGAGCAGGAGGCUCUGUACAAGUUUCGGCCGGACACCGUGCCACCACAGAGGAUGAUGUACUACCCAGCGCAAUAUGUGGAAAUACCAGAGGUCCAAAAAUUGAUACACAAAAAUGAUGGAAGGUUGAAAAGGAAAGGUUACAAAGUGCAAAUCAACACGCCGUCAGUGCAGUGUGAGCGCCGUGAAAGUGCAGUGCACCUGCAGUUCACGCGCCUUGACAAAUUGAUGCAUGCAGUGGAAGCGCUGUGA